CAACUGCAUACUCACAUCGUGGAAAUCGAUUAAACAACCCCUACGGUGCACAGGGCAGCAGCAUCAGUGUUCAACGGGCGUCGAAGAGAGAGAAAGAGAGGGUGAGAGAUGGCGUCGAACGCAGCGGUGCCGUUUUGGAGGGCGGCGGGGAUGACAUACAUAACGUACUCGAACAUAUGCGCGAACCUUGUGAGGAAUUGCCUCAAAGAGCCUCACAAAUCCGAAGCCCUCAACCGAGAGAAGGUCCAUUUCUCCGUCGCCAAAUGGGUCGAUGGAAAACCCCAGAAACCCACACUACGUUCGGAUACUCCUGAAUAAUGAGGGUGGAAGUUGGUGGUUGCCAAGUCUCUGGUUGGGAAAUUUCUUUUGCACUGGAGAGUUGUUCUGUUAAUCAAGUUUAGUGGUUAUACUAGUUUAUUUGGAUUUGUAGUGUGCUUAAGCACUCAAGACAAUGCUCAUACAUCAUCAGGAUUUUUCCGUUGAACUAUGGAACUUGUAAUAAUGCAGCUCCUGUUGCCGAAUCCCCAAUACUAAUAGCUUGUUUGGUGGUAA